GUUUGUGUGUAUAAGAUGUUUGCUUUUCUGGGACAAAAUCAACUAGCAUAAUUGGAAUGGCAACUUUUCUAGUAAUGGCAAGUUGGUGCUAAGGACUUACUAUUUUGAAAAAAACAAGAUACGAAAAUUUCCAACUUUUUCACAGUUACCAUUUUUAAACUAUCAGUAAUAUUUAUCUUUACAGAUUAUAUUUUCUUGGGCUCAUCCCAAUGUAGUUUACCUUUAGGUCUGUAUCCAAAGAGCCUUCCUUUUACAUAAACUCUAGCCUUUUCCCACAUUAAUUUCUUAGAAGAACCAGGUAAAAACACUAAGUUGCAGUUUUAGGUAUCUUGUCUGUUUCUUUUACAUUUAUAAUCUUGGCAACCAUUUAAUAUUGUGGACUUUCUAAUCCUUUCAUAAUAAUAUAUUUCUGCAGUUAGAUUACAUACUCCCUCAACUUGUGUUUCUGUUUGUCUUUCUACUUUUUCUCUUACUUUAAAAUCGUAGUCUUUACAAGAGAUUUUUGAUGUCAGAUGUUAAUUAUAUAAUUUAGCGCAGCUUGGUUGUUCUUUUGUAGAGUGAGGUGACCAUUUCAUAUUCUGUCCCCUUAACUCCAGGGGUGUUUUAAAUUAUUUAGGAUAAAGAAUUGCUAUAACAUUUUUUUAAGUUACAUGACUCAGAUAUAUUUGGAUUAACUCUUUGUUGGCAAAUUUAAUAUGAAUUAUUCCCUUUGACAAGUACUUCUAAGUUCCAUUUUAAUCAGAUCUCUGUACAUUCAUGAUAAAAAUCUCUUUUAAAAUAACCCAAUAAAAGAGAUUCUAAUUUUGUACUUGGAAGGUAAUUUUUCAUUUUUACACAUUUCAACUUCAUUAACAGUAGGAUUAUUUUUAUAUUGCUUAUUUUAUAGAGUUGACAGUAUAAUUUUUGCAUUUUAUUGUGUGUUAUAUUUUAAGUUAUAGUAACAUACUAUAACUUGUUUAAGUCAGUGCAAAGCCUUCUUACGUAGUCCCUCCUUUAGGAAUUGGCUUAAAAAGAAGUGAAUCCCAAACCUGUGUCAAGAACGAGUGGUUUUAAGUAACUGUGAGACAAGUCUUUGAAAGACUUUCUUGAGUCUAGUCAGUGGAAAUGAUAGCCCAAUUCCAUGCUGCAUAUUGUUAGGGUUUUUAAAGUUGUUGGUAUGUAAAAGUGCAUAAAAGAUGAUGUAAAGUUGCCUAUAAAAUUUGUAUUUUUCAUUGUUUGCACUAUUUAUCUUUGCACUUGAUUUUUUGAAAGUUAAGACUAGUCACUUUCACUUUUGUUUCUAGUCUUUUCUAAUUUCUUGCAAAAUUGUUUUCAAUAUCCCUCCCAAAGCAAAAUGUAUAUGCAAUUAAAUAUACUUUUUAAAGCCAAGAAAAUAUUUAAUCUUAGCUAUGUAAUACAGAAAUUUGUUUUGAUAAAGAUUUUAAUAAGGCCCUUGAUUUGCCAAUAAAAUCCUUUGUAAAUGUGAGCUUUAUUAAACAUUUUAAAUAAAGUAAAAGCUUAGGAUAGUCUUAUCUUUGAGAGCUGACUUCCAGCCUCAGAUAACCUGGUUUUGGAAUAUUGGUCUGUUUCUACUUUAGUUAAUGAGAUCUGAGUCUUACUGGGUACAUGCUUAAAAAAGUGGAAGUGAAGUAGGUGGCAAGUAGCAUCUGCAUGUUUCAUAUAGUUUUUUCAUGAUGUUCAUAUUGUUUCCUCAUGGUCUAUGUGAUAUAAUUGGUAUUGAAAUAAUUGAUUAAAUGACUGUUGCUUUUUGGAAUUCAGGAUUGACUCUUUUUUGAGAGAGGGGGUGCAGCAAGGGAUAAGAGACUUUAUUUUAACCAGAGGCAGUCUUAUAACCUCAAAGAUGUUCUCUGAAAGAAAAGAACAAAAAAUGUACCUGUAAGCCUAUUUUUUUUUAAUUUAAUUUUUUUCUUUUUGAGACAGGGUCUCUCUGUGCAGUUUAGGCUGGCCUUGAGCUCACUUUGUAGCCUAGGCUGGUCUCGAACUCAAACGAUCCUCCUGCCUCAGCCUCCUGAGUGCUGGGUGUAAGCCUAUUUUUUUGUGUUAGGUUGUAUAACAGUAUUUAUAAUUGCAAAAAAGAGAAGAUUUGACAGUUUUGUCAAUUGAACAGAGAGAUGUGUUUGGGGUUAAAUUGUUUUUUGUAAGUUAUUUCAUUUAAUAUUCCUUUUCCCAUCAUUUUUGCAUUCUUAAAAGCAACAAGUGAGAGGCCUCUUUCAGUUCUGACAUAUUUUCAGAAUGCCCAAAUGUGUUUCUGGGGAGGAGGGUGGUGUUUUAAUUCUUGACAUGCUCCUUUCAGCAUACUUUGCUAAUCAUUCUGGAUCAUAUAUUGAAAAAUUGUGUUGAAAAUUUGAUGGUAUAUUUAAAAUAAGAAUGUCCUCUAUAUCAUGGUAUGAAUGUUUUGUGGCCAGAUUCUGUUGUGGAACUCAGAGCUUUGUUUUUAAUUUGACUAGAAAAUUUAACUUCCAUUGUCUAGAUUUCGCUGUUUGUAGUUGUCUAACUAUGAAUCAGUUUGGAGGAAUAAAGGUUAACAGAUAUGGAUUUGACUCUACAUAAUCCUCUAUAAAUCAUAAGUUAAAGGCUCACAUCAUUAGUGUUACCUAAUUUUUGUGUUGUCAGGUCUUAUAUGGAUGAUAUAUUCAGUAUUAUAUCUAUGAAUUUCCUUUAGGAAAAGAGAGAAAUUGAGUCUCUAAACUUUUUCUUGGAGACUAAAUUUACCACAUAUGGAAAAUUAGUGGCUUUAUUUUUAGAUGACGUUUAACCAGCUUAAUUAAUUCUUUUUUCUAGUUUGAAAUACUUAUUUCCCAACUGUGAAUGAAGGGAGAGAUAAAUAUUUGCCUCUCUCAACUCUUUUUGGAGGCUGUUUUUCAUUUUCUGCCCCCAAUUUCCAAUCAUAGUAUAAAAUGAAUUACGGGUACCCCUCUAAAUCCCUGUAAUCCUUUUUGGGGAUCACAGAUACCUUUGAUAAUCUGACAAAAGUGAUGGACCCUCUACCAGGAAAAAAAAAUGCACAUACACAGAUAAUUUUGCAUACAACCUCAGGGGCAUCACACAUCUUCUGAAACCUAAGUUAAGGAUCUAUGCUCCAAGUAAAUUCUGUAGAGAAAAUUCUAAUGCAAUUAUUUGGUAAAAUUAGGAACUGUUGACUUGUAUUGCAGUUAUUAGAUGGUGGCCCCUACUAGCAAAAUGUGACAUUGCAGCCAGCUUUGUUAGACAUUGUAACAUCCAGACAGAAAGGAAAAAGAAGCAAGGUUCUGAGAGCUACUUAAAAGGAGUCAGGGCAUCUCUAGAUGUGGGAGCCGUUUUUGGUUCAAGGCAGGGGUCGGGGUGCCUGACAACUUCUAGCAGGGUAGAGUUUGAUAAACCACAAUGCUCAGGAUGCCAAGGGGUUAGCCAUUAUCUUAACCCCUUCCUCACCAAAAGAUUUUAGUUUUGUCUAUUGGGAAACAAAAUGUCACUAGGGAAAAAAGAUUUGCCUUACAACUGCUGGAACACAUCAGUGUGAUGAUGUAUGUAUGGGACACUAGUAUUAUUUUUGAGAAGGUGCAUAAAACCAAAGUAAAUUAUUCUCUAUAUAGAACAUUAUUUACUAGAAAUAUUUGUUUGAGUAAAUUAGCUUUUGUCAAUUUUUACCAGUAACUUGAUUUUAUUUGAAACUGGGAAUCUAGUUUAUAAAUAGGAUAGUUGAUAUAUCCGUUCUUUCCCCCAUGUAAAGGAUAGUUUAAAGAUUUAUGCAUACUUUUUACUUUCUUGAUGCCAUGGGAUAGGGUGGGGGUUGGGGGUAUCUUUGAGUCAACAACUGACAAAAUGUCAAAUUUAGUCAAAUUUAAAAAUCAAGAAGCAGCACUUUAAGUCUAACUCUACACCAUUUUAGUGCAUGUGUUAGUUUUAAUAAUGAUUUUUGGUGCAUGCCUUUGGGCUUAUUCAAAAGUGUACAAUAGGAAAGUAUAUUUCCUUUCUUAGAAAGGAGAUGUUUUUCUACUUUGCAACAUGUGAUUACAAAAAUCUUCCUCUGUGGGAAGAUUAACCAUGUAUUGAACUACUGAGAAGUAUAUAUUUUUAGAUAUACAGAAGGAAUCUACAUGGAGCAGCAUUCAGACCUAUAUAGAAGUCAUAGCAUUCUGUAUAGGACCAAAAAGGAAGUAACAUUAAACACUUAAACAGACCUUGUUGGGUAGAAAUACCUUAGAUCUUGCAUUGACUUCCCAAAAGAAUAUGCCACAGAAGUUUGUUGAAACUUUUGUUGUUUGAAUUUUCUCUGUCAGUAUAUUUAACCCAAAUAUAACAACAGCUUUGGGUUAGCACAUAUGUAAGAAUCAAAAACAACUAAAUAGAUCAGUCUGGUUUGUCAAUCCAGCUUGACUGAAAUAAGUACACUAAUCACUUGCAACAUGAAAAACUGUCCAACUCCUCUAAGGUUUUGACAAAAUAACCUUGGCUGAUGUGGGAAGACUCCCACUUUGAUUUCUGACCUGACAGUGAAGAUUCAUGCUUGACAUGAUUUCAAACCUGACAGUGUCUGUUUAGGGAGCCAUGGUACAGUUUGCUAAUUCAAUCCCAGAUACCUGUUGAUUACCUGUGAGAUCUAGAGUCCAAAGUAGCCAGCAGCCAUAUCCCUGAGUGCUCUGCCCAUCAGAUAAAGUAAGCAGGGUUGGGACAGGUCACAGCUUGGAUGAUUGACCUCAGGUGCUGUAGACAGCCUCAGAUUCAAGAAUUGUAUAUGCAUUCUUGGGAGUUGUCACUGAACUAAUGUCCCACACUGUGUUACUUAACAUAGAUGCUCUCUCUUGGUGGAGGCCCAGAGCACGCAUGCGAAUUGCUUGUGGUACUCAGAGAGGGGGUGCUAACUCUGAUGCCCUGGCCAAAUUCCAGUUUAGGGAUGUGGGUCUUCUUGUCAUUCUAAUUGGAAAUGUGCAUCACUUCCCAUUUUUCCUGUUGAUCUCAAUGCAAACUACACUAGUCUGUUUCUUUGCCCUGGUCCCAAAGUCUCUAAGAUACUGGUGUGUAUUAUAUGGGCCAAAUUCAUGCCUUAUCCCAAUGCACAAGAGUUGAGGAGUAAGUGAGCUGGGUCAGCAUGCACUGUGAUUGGAGGAUGAACUCUUGUGAUGCUAAGGGGAUGAAAUUGGCUCUCUUUUAGCAUAAUUUAGGGAAUGUGCACUGGCAGGAGGCUUCCAGCCAUGAGGUAUGAGCUGAAACCAAUUUUCCCUCUUUUCUUAUAGAAUGAUGAGGAAAUCUGUUGGGUUUUCAGCGGUCAGGGAAGGCCGGAGUUCUGCAGCUUUAAUCUGGGUAACUGAGGCUGGUUUGAGCAAGACUUUGGUUAAUUAAUUAGGUUCUCAGAUGCCACAGACUCCGUGAGAAGUCACCAUUAUUUUCAAUGGUUGUGAUAGAAUUUCCCCCUAGUAGCCAUUAUUUUAAGAUUAUAUUGCAGAGUUGCUUUAUUUUGAGCUUUUCGUGUAUACACAAUCCCAAACUGGAAGAAAUUUUUAAAAAGGAAUCCUGCUGUGAAAGGUAUAUAUUACUCUAGAUUUUUCUUACUGUAAAUAUUGUAAGAUUGUAAUACUGUCAAUAUUUUAUUAACCAACAAAUGUUAAUCUAUGUGAAUUCAAACUUAUUUUAAUGUGCUUCUUAUUUACUGUGUGUGGUCCCUGUUGCUGACAGUAUUGAGUUAUAUUCUGAUGUAAGAUUAACUUUAUUAAAGAAUGUAAACAUUAAUGUUUCCUUAUGGGAAAACAAAUAAAGUAUAAAGAAGACAAUUCUUUUCAUUGAAAUAUACUGUGUAUUUACACUUGCUAGACCCAGCACCACUUAUGAAUUUAGUAUACUGUUCAGAAUUUUAGUUAACACAGCUGACAUGAUUGUGCUCUUUUUGAAAGUCUAAGAGUAGGUAUUGUUGGAAUAUAAACAGUUUGUAUUUGUCUGCUGUGAAUCAUCAUCUUGAAAUUUCUAAUGAAGUUUGUAAAAUUUUUAUAGUAAAACAUUUUAAUGACAAUUUAAAAAUUUAUCUUCUCUAAAGAAUGGUCAAAACAAUAUCCUUUCAGAAAUAGAAUUGUUCUUUAAUAUCUUUCCAAAGUGACUUUGGUUAAAUGGACCAGAUGUACAUUCGUUAAAAUUUAGGAUGAAGUUGUUGAUAUUCUUUGAGUUUACAAGUUAAUCCUCAUUGGAGAUGUGCCAAUAUAUAGUAGAAUAUCAUUAAUUUGCACUGUUUGGGGACCCCAUUCAAGAAUGUUGAAUUUUGCCAACUAAAAAGUAAGCAAAUGCAAUUUAAAAAGUAAAUUUGAGCAUUCUGUAUUAAAUAUGUGCAGUUAUUAUCACAUGAAGAAGCGCAGUGUGUUGGGCUGUAAUAUAACCAUAUUUGCUGUCAUGUUCUCCCAUCUCAGUGCUGGGAACUCACCAUGUGGAAACCAAGCAAACGUGUUGUGCAUCAGCCGGCUUGAGUUUGUUCAAUAUCAAAAGCUGAAACUAGCGAGGUCUGCUGUACUGCUUAUUGAAGUAUUGUGAUUCUUUUAGGCAUUGAUUCUUACAAAAUAUAUACUGUAACAGUAUACUUUGUACAGAUUUAAAUUUUAUUUGAAAAAAUGAAAUAAAGUAGGCAAAAAAAUAAAGAUGUUUAUUUUUCAUGUGACUAUAUAAA